UAAUAUAUCUAUCUGUAAUAUUGUAAAAUAUCUAGGUUUUCUGUAAUACUGUAAUAUAUCUAGGUCCUCUGUAACACUGGAAGCCUGGACGAGUUCCCUUCUUCUAUACCAAAUGUGACCCAGGAGCUAAGUGUAACAAACCAGAAGAUAACUCGUCUUCCUAAAUAUGCAUUUCGGGGUCUGAAAAUGAUAAAAAAGAUCACAUUGGACCACAACAGGAUAUUCAAUAUAGAACCAUUUGCAUUUAAGGGUUUGCAUGAUGUUGAAGAGAUAUCUCUAAGAUGGAAUCCUAUUGAAACUAUUCCUGGUUUCGCGUUUGCAGGAAUCCGCAACGUGACCCACAUCUACCUCGGAUACAAUAAAAUUAAGAGUAUUUCUGGAUAUGCUUUCGCUGGUACCGAGCAUAUAGAGAUUCUAGUAAUCAACGACAAUCCUAUAAAGACGAUUGAAAGCUAUGCAUUUGCUGGACUCAAGUAUGUCAAAUUCCUGCUUGUAUCCUCGACAGUAAAGCAGUUACAUCAGGAUGCUUUUAAUGGUUUGGAAUCUGUUGAUCAGCUGAAGUUGGACUUUUUUAAUCUGCGGACCACAAAACCCCAUACUUUUAGAGGACUCACAAACUGCAGAGUGUUGACCAUAGACAACUCAGAUUUGGGAUUGGUGGCCGAAGGUGCUUGGUCCGGCAUUUUAAAUGUUUCACAGGUUAACCUAUUCAACAGCAAAAUCGACCAGAUCGCAGACACAUCACUGGCCACAGGAUCUCAGGUUCAUCAUCUGAAUUUGACCGGGAAUCAUAUACUCUCCUUAUCCCCUGAUCUUCAGAUUGAGAAGUUUGUGACAUAUGGACUCAAAUCUAUUUACUUAUCCAGGAACCAUAUUCCCUGCACCUGUCAUUUUGCUGUGCUCCAGGAUCAGAUGGCUGAUAUUAUGGAUUUAUCAGUUCUACAGGCUGAUAACUAUUGUAUAAGCCCCCAGGAUGUGAGUGGAAAGAAUCUAGCGCAUAUGAGUGCCACAUGUUAUAAAACAGGUUUAAAAAAGCAGAACUCUGUACAAACAACCCAGGAAAGAUCUUCUGAAGAAGAUUCUAAUCUGAAGAAAGGAAAUAUAGAGGACGAUUCCCCAAGACAGAUUGGAAGAAGAAACGAAAAUGAGGAUUUCUGGAAGAAUUCAGAAGAAGAUGAACAUUAUUUUAACAAUGUUGAUCAUUUGAGAUUUAACAAAAUCCUCUUUUAUUGGCUUAUUUGCCAUUGUUUAAUUGGUAACAUAUUUACAGGAGGGACCGCCACAGAUAGGUUGAUUAAGUGAACGCCUAGUUAUGGUGAGGGGGGGGGGGGGUUAUUACUGUAAUAAUUAAAAGUCAAAGCUACUGAGAAAAUGUUACUAAAACUAAUACAUGAAAGCUAAAUGUUGUUUCUACAAAAAUUAUGCAACGUAAAAUUAACUGUAACGAAGUACAUGUUGUAUAUCGGAAUAUUUUAAUAUCAAAAUCAAAAAUAAAACAAAUCAUAUAAACUUGAAUACUGAAAAUACAUACAGUAAGAACAAGAAAACUGUGGAAUAGGAAGACGACAUUAAAGAAAUCAACAAUUCAGUGUAUUUGAUGUUGCUCCAGAGCAAAUAGUCUUAAUAGUAAAUUAUCAAAUCACUUGUUAAGUAAAAUGGGUCUGUUUACACUGCACAAAUGCUGUUUCUCAAGUUCAUUGAACUAUUUUAAGAUAUAACCUGAGUCUAAUAGUUGUCCUC